CGGAAUUCCAUAAUAUAUAUUCAUUUAUUCGUCUUCUGAACCGCUUAUCCUCACGAUAAUAUUUAAGACAUACCUCUUAACUCCAAAAAUGUAGUUGGGGGACUUGUGGGUGUCAUCUGAACUUUUUCCUUCUAAUGUUACAUAAAAAUUCACAUUCAGUCAUAAACCUAACUUUUACAGCAUGUGAUCUUUAGACUACAGGCUCGUUUCCAGGAAAAAAAAAAGUGCUGGUAGGCAGGGCAGUGAUCCGAUUGGACGCUUCCCGCCCACUUCCCUCGUUGCCAUGACGAAUGAGGGGGAGCGCAGCCCAGUGGCCUUUUCCUCCUCCGGCCCCAGUCAGUCAUGUCCGACGUGUCCGUCCUCACCCCGAUUCUGGUGCUGAUAUUGUGCAUGGUGAUGGGCUUCCUGGCGCUGAGGGGGCGUCGAACUCAGACCGCCGUCGUAGACCGGGCCACUAAACCCUGGGUGGACGAGGAUCUGAGGGACGACAGCGAGGAGGCCCCAAACAGAGAGGACGGGGAUGAUGAGUGGGUGGACGUGAACGAGGAGAAAGAAGUCGCGCACAUCCCUUACUCACCUGAACGCCACCCAGAAGGGCAAAUGCUGCAAAGGUCGCAAGAUUUCUACGAGCUGAUGAGCCGGCGCAGGUCGGUCCGCUUCAUCAGCCCCGAGCCCGUCCCUCUGGACGUCAUCCGUAACGUCGUCCGCACCGCCGGUACGGCGCCGAGCGGCGCGCACACAGAGCCCUGGACUUUCGUGGUGGUCUCCGACCCGGACGUCAAGCACCGGAUCAGGUUGAUCGUGGAGGAAGAGGAGGAGGUCAACUACCGGCAGAGAAUGGGGGACAAGUGGGUCAGCGACUUGGCCCAGCUCAGGACAAACUGGAUCAAGGAGUACCUGGACGUGGCGCCGUACCUUAUCCUCAUCUUCAAACAGACGUACGGAAUCCUUCCAGACAAGAAGAAGAGGACGCACUACUACAAUGAAAUCAGCGUGUCCAUCGCUUGUGGCAUCCUGCUGGCCGCGCUGCAGAACGCGGGUCUGGUGACGGUGACGUCGACGCCGCUCAACUGCGGGCCCAAGCUGCGGCUGCUGCUGGAACGACCGGCCAACGAGAAGCUGCUCAUGUUGCUUCCUGUCGGCUACGCCGCCGAGGACGCCACCGUGCCCGACCUCGAGCGCAAACCGCUACGGGACAUCAUGGUGCACAUUUGAGGGUGAAAAUCACCAAACCCGAUGAAACGGACAUAAGAUUUUGUUCACUUUUGUUGUGGCUUGAGGUAUGCGAAAGCACAUUUGGAUAAGCCAGAUAACCUUGACGAGUGGCUGAAAAAGACAACAGCUAAGAGCUUUAACUCAUCGGCCGCCAUUGUCGGCGCUAGACGUCCGAUCCGUUCCGACUGUCGACGUUCAUUCGCCCAUCCGGGUCAAAACGGAUCGGGCGUCUAGCACUGUCAAUGGCUCCUAUUUUUACAAUUCUAAUAAAGUUCUACAUUGCAAAA